UUGGUGGUGUUGUGGUGUUGUCACGCGCAUUCUUCAUCAAGGCACUGGGUGACAUCAUCACUAAUAAUGAAGGCGGCUCAUCAAUGGACACAGAGCUAUAUAAGCAGCUCACCCUGUGAACUGAGAACCAACUCUAAUGUGAACUGAUAGGCUGAUGCACGAACUCCCGCAACCUGUUACUCAAUACCCAGCAAUGGUUCAUAAAAUGGUUUCCAUCAAUCUUGGAAUUUUGGAGAAAACAGUUGUACUUAUCUCCAUCUGCAUAUUAUUCUACUCAACACAUGGAGAUAGCAAGCCACUGGGCAAAAGGGCUAUAAAUGAAGUCCAGCUUAUGCACAACCUCGGGGUGCAUAAACAUGUGGAACUGAGGCAAGACUGGCUUCAGAUGAAACUUCGGGAAAUCCACACGGCCUCAGAGAAGAGAAACGAAGAGAAGGCAGGAAUUCUUCCAGAUAUUAUUCCCAAUCUGAAGGAUCUAAAUCCAAGGGAAGCUGAAGAUAUCAUUGCAGUUUUGGAAAAAUUUAUGAACCCGUCGUAAAAACAGAAUUUGAUUCAUGUGAACUCAGGGACUGAAGUCAAGCCAUUCUGUUCAGCCUUAAUAAUUAUAUUAACAUUAUUUAUUUUUUCUAUACAAAAUUUAUUUAUAUUUUUUAUGUAGUUUCCAUCAUUUUUAGCGGCUAAGCCGUGACAGCUCAAAGCUCUUUUAUGUAUUUAUUCGUUAUUUGAUCGUAGAUAACAUAGGCUAGAUCUAUUAGGCUAACUGAACCCAGAAAAAAGUAAACGAGCAGUCGGACCAAAUGUUUUUUUUUUUUUUUUAAGAAGAAACAGAUAAAAAGUCAUUUUUGAGAGUCUUCUAUUUAUGAUGACAAUGUACAAUAAAGAUAAA